AUGUGGUCUCCCGUCGUAUGGGCCAUUCCCCUGCUGGCCGGUCAGGCGGCAGCGUGGACGACGAGCCGAGAGGCCGAGGUGAAGAAGAGCCUCGCCGAAGACGAACGCACCCUCAUUGCCUUCUCCAUCGUUGCCGCCGUCACGGGCAAAAGCACGACUCGGUCGGUGACUGGCUUGGCUGACGAUGGCCGGUCUCGCAGGGAGGCGAGCACGACGCUGCUGCCGGAGUGGGAAACGGUUCAGCACACCGGCACGACGCGGCUGGCGAUUGAUUGCACCCGAGACGCCGAGCUCUGUCGAGAGUUUGACGUCGUCUCCUUCCCCACCAUCAGGCUCUAUCGUCGCGACGGAGCCAUGGUCCGAUACCGUGGCGAUCGACGAGCGACGGCCAUCGUCUCCUUUGUGGAACGCAUCCUCCGACCGAUGAUGACGAAUGUCGGCGGCGACGACCUCGCCUCGUUCUCCACCAUCGACGACAUCGUCUUCAUCGCCUCGCUGGGCGAAGAGAAAGAGUUGCUAGGCUGGUACACCGAAACGGCCGAGAAGCUGCACGACCGAUACACCUUUGGCCUCGUCUCCGGCGCGCAGCCUCCGGCCCAGUUCAGGUGCCACAACCACAUCGAGGAGACGGAGCUCAGCAUCUCCGACUUGAACCUCGUCGACCCCCUCAGGGAGUUUGUGUCGGCGUGCACGGAGCCGCUGAUUCAAGAGCUCACGAGCAAGAGAAACCUCAAGCUCACGCGCCACGAAAAAUAUCUAGCCUACUACUUUAGCAACGACCGAGCCGAGCUCAACAAGUACAGGAUACGCAUGAUGUCCGUGGCCCAACGGUUCAAGGACCACGAGCCCGGCAUCGUUCUCGUCACCUUCAACUCGGACGAGUGGCCGACGAGCGGCCUGGGCAUAUCCGGCAAGGUGGGCUUCGCCGUGUACGACCUGUCGACGAAGCUAGCAUACCCGUACGCCGGCGAGCUCGUCCCCGACAUUGUCGGUGACUUUAUCCAAUCCGUCGUGGACAACAAAGUACAGCCGUGGGAUGGCAAGCAUGAGGGGCAAGAGUCGUCGUACCAGUCGACGGAACCCGAGGCGACGGCCGGCUCUUCCGAGGCCGAGGUGACGGCUGGCUCUUCCGAGGCGGAGCCGACGGCUGCCUCGUCCGAAUCCGCGACGACGGACGGAUCCGACAGCCGCGACGAGCUUUGA